AUACUUUCCGUGUCCGUCAUAGAAGUUACUAUCGUCCAUUUCUAGUUAUGGCUCGUACUAAGCAGACUGCUCGUAAGUCGACUGGUGGAAAGGCGCCCCGUAAGCAGUUGGCCACUAAGGCAGCACGUAAGAGUGCUCCUGCAACUGGUGGAGUUAAGAAGCCUCAUCGCUACAGGCCUGGAACUGUUGCUCUUCGUGAAAUUCGUCGUUAUCAGAAGAGUACUGAAUUACUUAUCAGAAAAUUGCCGUUUCAACGACUUGUUCGUGAAAUUGCUCAAGAUUUCAAAACCGAUCUUCGUUUCCAAAGUUCAGCAGUGAUGGCGCUUCAAGAAGCUAGUGAAGCUUACUUAGUCGGCUUAUUCGAAGAUACUAAUCUUUGUGCUAUUCAUGCUAAACGUGUCACUAUCAUGCCCAAAGAUAUUCAAUUAGCUCGACGAAUCAGAGGAGAGAGAGCUUAAUUUAUACUGGAAAUCCAGUCCACCGGCCCUUUUCAGGG